GGUGACAAUUCAGAGCAAUAUUCUUGAAUCAGUCCGGAAGGAAAAUGAGUUCAAAAGGAGAUUAUGUGAAGGAUCAGAAAUGAUGCAGAAAAUGCUGGACAAUUUUCAAAGAGAGAGAUUCGAAGCUGAGGCUAAAGCUGAUAAAUUAGUCAAUGAUCUCUACAAGGCUGUUGAGCUUAAACACUCCCUCCAAUCUCAAGAUCAAAUGAGGGAGAUUAAUGCUCAAAAAGAGGUUCUAGAACCUAAGACCAACCAUGAACCAUUCAACAAUCAGGUCCCGGUUCUAAAAGAUUUACCUAGUUCAACACCAUCACAGAAACCCGAGAGCAUAGCAACUCUCGCUAGGGCUAUUGUGGUGGUGUUACCUGAAUCCCUUCCUAGCUUAGUCCCGACCAACAUAGUCGUAUAUGAGGUGGAACCAAGUGAGGGACUUGACUCAGAACCACCUAUGCUUAUUCAAGAAAAGAAGGAUGAGGAAGUUUUGCCUAUGACAAUAAACGACCAUCUCCUUAAUUGUGUUGAAGACGCACCUCCAGAGGAACCUGUUCUGGAGGAAAUAGAGCCCACUACCUACCCCCAAGAUUCCAAUGUCCAAGAGUCGGAAGAGGAAUCUAUAGACGAAGAAAUACUAUGCAUAGAAAGGCCAACUCCGUCUAUAGAAACCUGUACAAAAAAUGCUUCAUCAGAAGAUUCUGAUCAAACUUUCUUUGACUCCCUACUUGACGGGUGUGACAACGUCUACCGGAAGGAUAGUUUGAACCAAACAAUUUGGGAUGAUUUUCUGAUGAAUGACAAUGAAGACUCUUCUAUGGGGGCAGACCACCAAAUAGAUCCCAAUCCAAUCCAAACAAAGAAAAGGGCUUACCACAGGUCGUUCCUCUUCCCUUUUUUUCUCAGCACUGGGCGGCUCGGCUUUGGACCUUCUGCACGACAAAGAAUCUGGGCGACAGCGGCGGCGCCUCAACUGAAGACGGUAGCUCCUUCUGCACGCGGCUAUCGGCAGCGAUGAGCAAGAUGGCGACGCAACGGUAAUUCCUCCACGACAGCGACAAGACGAAGCGACGAUGACAGAUCCCGACCAGCGACUCCUCUCGACGGCGGCGGUGGUCUUGUUCGAUAGAGUCACUUCUCCUUCAAUUCAGCGACGGCGACGGUGACACGAUCUGGACGGCGGCGGCAGGACGGCUAGGCAAGUGGACGAUGGCGGCACGCGAUUGGCGGCGCACAGACGGAUCAGCGGCCCUUGAGCCAGCGGUGUCGAUCUCCUCGAACCAGCGGCGUCAAUCUGAGGACAACGACGUACUCCUCAACGCGGCGCGGCUCCUCAACUCUGCGACGGCGGCAGGUUGAUCGGAGCGACUCUCCCUCAGAGGCUCAGAUCUGCGCGCGUCUAUCGGCGGCGGCGAGUUCAAUCUUGGAUCCGGAUGACUGCGACGUCGGCUCCAACCCUUCGUGACAAGUUUUUUUUCAAUUUGUGCUUGUGUUGAACAAUCUAGCUCUGAUACCAAUUGUUGGACAAUCUUUUAUUAUAACUGAAAAAUAACUCAAAACCAAUUACAAUAAACUCUCAUAUGUUUC